CUUCCUGCCCCUCCCCGCUAGGGGUGUGAAAUGUGAGCUCUGGGCAGCCAGGAGGGAGGCAGAACCAGCUGCAUCCAGGAGCCACCAGCGGGAGCGCAGCAUCUGUCAUCUCCAGGGGACCCAGGAAACCGAGGGGACUCCCAGCAUGCUCUGAGCUCCAUCAUCUGUCAAAGCCCCCUCACAGGUGGAAUUCCCCCAGAAUGCCCCGGGGUGGAGGGGCCCCUGCUGCAGGAAUCCCAGCAGUACAGAGGAAGUGGCAGGAGGCACCCAGACGGCGCUGGAGGAACAAUAAAAAGACGAGAAACCCGAGAAAGAACGGGCCGGGGAAUCGACACUUCUCCUCUCUCUUCGGCAGCGGCAGCGGGGUCAGGUGCCAGGAGCCAACUCCUUCCCAGCACCAUCUGCAGCCCCGAGUCUGGAGCACGGACCGGCACCAGCAGAACUUCUCUCCCCUGGGAAUCCGAGAGCUGCCGGGCGCGCGGCCCCGCGGGGACGGGGAAGGAGGUCCAGCAACAGUAAUAAUAAUCCAUCUGGAAUUCGCAUCCUGUUGUCCUAGGACCACCUCUAUCCCGAGCGGACAGUCUGGACACACCCAGGUGACCGUCCUAACCCCCACCCACCCCCACUCGGGCCGAGCCGGGUCUCUAACUUUUGGAGCCGAGAGCUCCGCCCACCCGGAGUUUGCCUCUGGCCGGUUGUAGAUAAAGGUGGUGGACAGAGCCGCACAGGAGGAAGUCGGGGUUCCCUUAUGGUGGAGGAACCAAUGCCCAGGAAGGCCAGGGGGUCAGGGCCCAAGUUCCUGCCUGAGGCUGGGCUGUUGGGCUCUCCAGUGCUGGGCAACACGGUGAUUACGAGGCACUCACUGUCUGUCCUGGGUGCCAGGCUGUGGGAUGAGGCUCCAGGCUAGGUCUCAGCAGCACCUUCCUGUCAUCCACAGGGCCACACUCAGUGUCACAGCCCCUUCCAGCAGCAGUGAGGCCUUCAGAGCCACCAGGGUGCUCCCGAAACCUUCUGGGGCUACAGAGCCAGCCCCCGGGUACUCUGUCCCAGGCAGACCUGGAAUCUGCAUUUUGAUGCUGGGACCGAGGCCAGCUGGGAAAUGCUGGGCAUGGGACAUCAGCUGGUUGAGCCGGCUGGACUGCAGGCCCACCGACGGCUUUUGAGGUGGGACUAAUUCUGAAAACUCAGGCAGAACUGGAGGUGGGAGCCCAGGAAAGGGGUCAGAGCCCCUGAGACAGCCCAGUGUCCAACAACUGCCAGAGUGCAAGGUCAGUUCGUGUAAUUGUGCUUUUUGGAAACGAUUCAAGGGGCAAUGAUGGGUGUCUACGGGGGAGGCCGCAAGUGACCACUCCCCCAACAGGGGCUCCCAGAAUGGACACAGUGUCAGUGGGGCAGGGAGGGUUAAGGGGUACACAACUUUGUGAUCUCACUGAGAUAGCAGCAGUUCCUACUGGAUACCCUCUCUGCAGCAGAUUGCUGGCUGCUGCCGCCUCCUGACAAGCUCUUGGAAUCCUCCUGGAACACCUACCUCCUCCUCUGACUGCAGUGUGAACUUGGCCUCAGGUCUUCUCAGUCAGGCAAGCCACUUCUGCCAGCAGGGAGCUGGGACAGAGGGCGACCUGUGUAGAACUUACUCCUAACUGCAGGAGAAAUAAUCAGUGCAGCAGGAAGAUAGACCAAGGCAUGAUUUUUUGCAUUCAUUCGUUUAUUCACUGUAUGUUUAUUGAGAACCUACUAUGUCCAGGCCCCAGCUAGGAAUAGAGACCCUGUUUUUUUCUCCAGGGAACCCCUGGUGGAGUUGGAGACAGGUAUACCCAGGCAGUGACAGAGCAAGCAGCCCCACAGAACAGGGUCCCCACAGAAAUCAGGGAUGUUCAAGCCAGAAGUCCCCCUGGGGAGCUGCUGUGAUCCCCCUGAAGCUGAGCUGCACGGACUUUGUGACUGUCCCUGCCACUGGUGCCAAAAGGACACACCGUAGCCAAA